CACACACACACACACACACACACUCCGGAACACUGACCAGAUAGACACUUUAUUUAUCUCCAAGAGAAAUUCACGAACUAAGAGCAAGACCAAGAGACAUCCUGACGAGGAUGAAGUUCUACCUGCUUUAUUUGGGGAUGGCUGUGGUCUUCUCCUUGGCCGUGCCCGUGACGGCCUUCUCCCGUGGUGCCGGUCCUGCUUCCUGUAAGAGGAUGAACCCUGGCCACAUCCGGGCCCAACCCCAAGACCCUCAGCAGAGCCACGUCACCAUUCGCACUUCGGUCCGCUCAUACCUGCCUGGACAGCUCAUCACAGUGACCGUCCGAAGCUCUCGAGACUUCAUGGGUUUCCUGCUCCAGGCCCGCGGUGGUCAAGAUUCCAGAGCCUUGGGAGGAGAGGGAGGCGGGGCGGGGUCACCUGAAAAAGGUCCAGUACUGGUUGGAGGCUCCUGGACCCUAACUCCACCCGGGACCCACACACUGCACUGCCUCUCAGAAGGCGACACGCUCACCCACUCUGACAAACAGCUGAAGAGGAACCUGUCGUUUGUAUGGAGGGCUCCUGAUGCACCAGUGGGAGACGUUCGCUUCUAUAUCACAGUGGUUCAGUCCUACUUUGUGUACUGGGCGGGGAUUAAGUCUCCAGUGGUGCGUGAUGGGAGUCUUUGGACUGGGAGAAACACAACAGGAGAUGAGACAAGAAGGCUUCAUGAAGACAAGCUUACGAUGAUGUCAGACAAUCAGAUCACCAGGCCUUCCCUCAGACCUCCAAAAGGAACACUGAGCUCCACAUCCAAAGAAGUCUGGAGCAGUACUGGGACUCGAGGAGCUCUCACUGGGGACGACUCGGACCAUGGGAAUAAUUCCAUACUUGGAAAUUCUUCAAGAAGUCUUUCAGGAGACAACCAUGCAACAUUUGGGUCCAUGCCGGAAAAAGAGUCAGGCAGCGGCAGAGGAAGCCCAGUUACUUUCAAGGACCCCAGUUUCUCUCUUUACUUAUUGGACCACCUUCCUUUCAGGACCUCCUUCCCACCAGCUGAAGAUGUAAAAACCUUUUCCACUUCAACUCCUCCUUUCCUGCUCGACUCACUCAAUCUUUGGAAGGAUGGGAAAGUAUCUACUGACAUCGAAACAAGGACUUCAACGGUGAAUCCACAAAAGCCUUCACAACAUCUCGCUUUCCACAUCAGUCCCUCAGUGCCAACAUCCCGUUUGUUUACAUUUGAGACCCAAAGCAGUUCAUCUUCACCAGUAAAGGGAGGUCUAUCCACAUAUGACCUAAGGGGUCGGGGAGGGUCCCAAAUGUUAAGAACAAUGCUCCUGUCAAAUACUAGCAUACAUACGACAUCUCCAACCCAACCACUUUCCCACUCUAGAUCAGUUUUACCAAACCAUGUUCAGUCUCUUCUCAUGUCACGUUCAAACUCCACAGACACCCCAAGGCCACCAAGUCCUCAAACGCUGCUUCAAAUGUUUUUGCCUCAGCGUCAGGAACAAGUUAGCCUGAGCCCAAAAUAUCCUGUCAUGUCUGAAAAAUCAGCUGACCCCCAAGCAAGGCCCCGAUCCCUCCAAACUGAGGAAUCCUAUGCUCGAAUGUUGAAUGCUUUGCUCUUCACAACAAAGGCUGACGUGCACAAAGAUGCCAGCAUUUCUCCGUCCACAACCCUAAAAACCACCAGUCCAAUCUAUUCAUCUGUUUCUUCUCUUCAUUCUUCUUCCCUUCAGUCUUCACUUGGCCUCACCACUCCUCUUCAUCUCUCUCAGGACUCAAGCAAACGUCUAUCUUUCACACGUUCCUCCAGCCAACAAAAAACAUCUCCUGGUUUUUCCGCGCUCCAAAAGCCUUCACCUAUCUCCACACCUCCUGAAUCGGUCUCUGUCCAUGUGUCCUCCACUUUCCCGGUGGUGUCUCCCUCAUUGUCUUCCACAUUUCCCUCUAGUUCCUCCAACUCUCCAUCAUCAGCCACUUCGGAUUCUCAUUUUCCAUUGAAUUCCAUCCCUGGCAUCACUGGUUCAGCCUCAUCUUCUACUCAAACCCUCUCCUCCUUGUCCUCAUCCUCUGCCAAAUCAUCACUUCCUUCAUCUCCUCACCCUUCUUUUUCUGUUUUCAGCUCAGUGGGAUUUUUGUCUUUCAUUUCGCCAACCUCCCUGCAUCCGGGACCUUCUCCCGCUCCACGUCGCUCCCACUACAACCGUGUCACGGUACCUCUGUCCCUUUCGCCCUCCCCAAGACAGAUGCUGCUCAUUCAGACGCACGUUGCAUCCACUCAUCCUGAACUCAUCCACAAUCCAUCAACACCUGACGCAGUUGCCGAGUCAGAGCGUAAACCCAAAACAAAGUUCAAACUAAACAUUAGGGAUGAAUUCAAACCAAAGCCACCAAUGAGAGAUGCUAAGCUUCCCUCCAAUCCCUCAGAGACUCCAGGCAAGGACGGCAAGUAUCCAGAAGUCGUGUCCAGGCAUAGCUCUUGGGAGCUUGGAAUGCUGCUAGGCUGUUCGGCUGGCCUGGGCAUGGUUCUGGUGGUAGGCGUGCGCUAUGUUUACCGUCAAGCCUGUGGGAAACGCACCGAGGUGACGCUGAAUGACCGGGACAGAGAUUACAGGAGAGGUGAUCAAGGGAUGAUCCAUGUUCAGGAGUGUGGGGAUUUGGUCAGGGUCCGCAGAAUCCGAGAGAACAGCUUGGUGCUUCUUGCUGAGUACGACAUAUUGGCAUCAUCUGGUGACUGAAAGACCGCCACGCUUCCAAAGAUAGUCACAUGUCACCUAGCAACACUGACACUGCUGAGCAGUUAGUAUAGCAUUACAUUUCCCUUCCUCUGAGGUGAAUUGUCAUUAGCGUUGGACAUUGUUUGAAUUUCAACGAUUCCGGUUCCGAUUCCGGCUCUUCCGGGUCAUAAAAGUUUACAUGGUUUAAAUGAGGGCGCUAACCAGAGUUCUUUUUGGAUGAAAUGUCUGAACUUCUCAAAUGUAAUGAUAUGAAAUUUUUAUCAAGUUUACUAUGAAUUUCUUACAGGGCCAUUUUCAACCAGUAUGUAAAUAUCAAACCAUUCAACUUGAAUAUAAAUGUUAUGUAGUUUUUUUUUUUUUUUUACAGGAGUACACUUUCACAAACAAUGUUGAGUUUUGAAAAGUAGUAUACUUUGCUGCCUCAAUGUUGGUGUGAGAUAUUUUUUUAUUUGUUAUAUUUUUGUUGAAACAAGUAAACAGAAUAGAACUCUUAUUUUGAAGGCCGGAAGGUUGCUGUGUGAGUUGAGAAUUUCCCUUGACUGUUGCUAACAGAGACGGACUCUGCCAAUAACAAACUUACCUAGCCGUAGCUCUUGUCCUUUAUUUACACUGAACUUCCAUAUCAGCUAGCAUCCUGAGACCCUCUGUUAAAUUGGCAUGAGACAUUCUGAUUGCUUGGGGAAGUCCGACAGCGCAUCAAAGACGAGGUACUCUGUUAUUUCCACAUCAUGAAUGUGUGAACAUUAAAUCAUGUUGAUCAUGCACCCUCCUUUGCAUGAUAUCACUGUGUUGCAAAUGUUACACUGAGCCAACCACUCUUUUUUUAUGAAGUUAAGCCAAACUGAUUAGCCGCUUCUUCUUCUUCGCUGGUGUUCACCAGCCGAGUUCUUCUUUGUUGGUGUUCGCGGCUAUUUCUUUCGGUCGACGAAGUGGGCAUGGGAACUAGGAAUCGAAAUAAAAACUUUUUCACGAUCCUGGGAGAAUCGGAAUGUUAGUCCCGGUGUAACAGGCCAUGGUAUACCCGCAGCCCAGAGUAUUUCUGGGGUUAAUCUGGCCUGCUACACCGGUACCCAUCGAUGCCCAAGCCCAAUUGUCAUAUGGAUGUGUUUACCAAUAAAGUAUAUCUUGUUCAUAUUUCUUAAGUGGAGCUUGUACAUUCCAAAAAAUGAGUCACCUCAUGUAAAAGCCUGUAAGAGAACAGUCUUUAAACUUUUAACAUUUAUUUCUUCUUAUGAAAGUACAUCAUAGAUCAUUUUGUCUGUAAACUCUAAGAAUGAAAAGACACUAAAAAUAUAAACUCUUUGGCUUGGGUGGGAAAACAUGGUUUCUUACAUAGCUGACACAUG